CGAGAAGCGCCGCGUCCGUGCCCGGCGCGUCUUGAGCGUUGUGGAUAUACUCUACUUGUGAUAGGUCGGCAAAAAGAUUCCGGUCGACAUGUCUGGAUGUUUUGCGGCCCCUUUAAAUAUAGUUCACAAAACCAAGCAUUCCGAACGAACGUUGCCGCCUAUUUCAACUAGGUCAGAGCGUACACGAAUCUUCUAUAGGGUUGUUGGUAGGGCAGCCAGAGCGAAUUUUGACGCUCUAGCCUCCUCUGGUCUGAAUCCAGGGUAAAGAUAGAAGUCUUGUCUAUUUUUGACGGACGCGGAGUCCAAGUCGCACAGUUCAAAUACAAAAUGAAUGUCAGAACAUUCGGUCAAUUUAUCCAUGUCGUUCAUAACUGGACUUUUAAGUGUAUUAACUUUGUCUGAAGGCUACAGCACAACAAAGUAGGACAUAACAACAAUAAACACAAUUAAACCGGACAAAAUAAAUAAAUAAAAUAACCAUGGCCGACUCACCCAUGGUAGAACCCCAAAAAUCAAGGAAAUAAUACAAAAUCAAAAGGAAGUCAACGUCCGACAGGCAAAGUAGUUUAUUGUUGUUUGUUGAUGAUCUCGCAAAUACAGCUGCCUCGCAGCGCUCCGCUUCUGAAAUGUUCCCGGUGGGGUUUGACGCUGCGAGGAGGACGGAACAAAACCUCGUCGGAGCCGGAACUCGCCGCAGAAGUGUAAUCUAGGCGGCGGCCGCGGUGAGAGCGAACACCCCCACUGAGAGGCCCUACAUUUCCUUAUAAAAUGGACAACUUCUCAGUGCAACAUCCAGAUUUGCUGGCUCUGUUCAUUGAAAGGAUAAUCGAAUGGAAAGCUUUUCUCCAAUGCCUGUGGGCAGGUGCCAAGUCCUGCUGUAAAAGGAAAUCAGCAUCUCCAUAAAGCUUGUCAGCAGACGGAAGCAUGAAGUGCUCUAAAAUCUCCUGGUAGAGGGCUGCAUUGACUCUCGACUUGAGAAAACACAGUGGACCAACACCAGCAGAUGACAUGGCACCCCAAAUCAUCACUGACUGUGGAAACUUCACACUGGACUUCAAGCAACUUGGAUUCUGCGCCUCUCCAUUCUUCCUCCAGAUUCUGGGACCUUGAUUUCCAAAUGAAAUGCAAAAUGUACUUUCAUCUGAAAAGAGGACUUUGGACCACUGAGCAAUAAUUAUUUGCAGUAAUUCGUGGAAAAGGAGCCCCGACCAAGUAUUGAGUGCAUAAAUGAACAUACUUUUCAGAAAGUCGACAUUUCUGUGUUAUAAAUUCUUUAUUCUAAUAUUUUGAGAUACUGGAUUUUUUAUUUCCAUGAGCUGUAAACCGUAAUCAUCAAGAUUAAAACAAAAAAAGGCUUGAAAUAUUUCACUUUGUGUGUAAUGAAUCUAGAAUAGGCCUAUGUGAAAGUUCCACUUUUUGAAUAAAAUUAUUAAUGUUAUUAUUUUGUCAACAUCCAAAUUGAAAAGUAUUUUUUUAUUAUUAAAAUGAAACUCGAAAAUACUCAGUAUAUUAAAUCAAGUCAUUUUUAUUUUUAUAGCGCCUUUCACAACACACAUCGUUUCAAAGCAGCUUUACAGCAGAUCAUACAUUAACAGAAAAUGAGGCUGUUGUAUCUAUAAUGUCUAUAUUAAAAAUAAAUAUAUUGUAUUAAAAUAAUUGAAGACUUUUGACAGUCCUGUUCUCGAAACUUCAUCAUGCAUCAUCGAAUUAACAAAUAAAAGAUGAACAUAGUUCAUAAUAUUGGAAUAGUUCAGCAAGAGGACAAUAAAAACAGGGGAUGCAACACAAUGUGCUGAGGGUUCCUCGUUGAUGGUUUUGAAGAUCCAGAGGCACUGACCCAGACUACAACAGCUCAGAGUAGCCCAGCAAUGUCACAUUGUUCCUGGACCUCAAAGAAACUGUUCAUAUCCCGUGCAAGUCAGUUCAAUAAAGGAAAGACACAAUCUGCUUUAAUGCUCCUCCUCUCAGUGAUGGCCGGUGAUGGAAGGCUCAGGAUGAUGAUAGUUUGAAGGCUCCACUCAAGUGCUGUUUUGAAGUCUCAAGCUCUUCAGUCAGAAGUCUGUUUGAAGCCUUUAUUAGAAGAGUUUUUGUAUGAUGCGAUACAGCAGUGAUUGGAAAACACGCAGAAGCAUUUCUUCAGAGAUCUUCCUGAAGUUCCAGUCAGUUGUGGGACGGCCAGGUUCCCGGCGAGGAUUAUGCGUCAUAUUUAUAACGAAGUUUUGCGCAGUAACAGGUCCAUUCAUGGUAGUGGAGCCCAUCAUGUUUGCGGAGGUUUCUUCAGGCAUUGGAGAAAAGCUUUCCAUUCGAUUAUCCUUUCAAUGAACAGAGCCAGCAGAUCUGGAUGUUGCACUGAGAAGUUGUCCAUUUUAUAAGGAAAUGUAGGGCCGCAGCGGGGUUUCGCUCUCACCGAGGCCGCUGCGCUUCUUCGGCGAGUUCUGGCUCCGACAAUGUUUUAUUCCGUCCUCCUCGCGGCGUCAAACCCCACCGGUAACAUUUCAGAAGCGGAGCGCUGCGUGGCAACUGUAUUUGCGAGAAGCUGGCCAUGGUUAUUUUUUUGUCCGGUUUAAUUGUGUUUAUUGUUGUUAUUGGCGGAAUACGAUGAGAGCGGGCCGCGGUGAGAGCUAUACACCGGGCGCUUCUGCGGCGCGUUCCGGCUCCGACGCGGCCGCCGGAGCUGAUCGCGGCCACUCUAGUCAAUGCUUCCGUGCUUUAAUGUCUCCCAGAUGCGGCUCUCUGCUGUUUCGCUAAUGGUGCGUUCAGACCAGAGGCGUCGAGAGCGUCAAAUAGACCGGAAGUCAUUCAUUUUCUAUGGCAGCCAGAGUCUCUCGGCGGCGAGAAGCGCCGCGUCCGUGCCCGGCGCGUCUUGAGCGUUGUGGAUAUACUCUACUUGUGAUAGGUCGGCAAAAAGAUUCCGGUCGACAUGUCUGGAUGUUUUGCGGCCCCUUUAAAUAUAGUUCACAAAACCAAGCAUUCCGAACGAACGUUGCCGCCUAUUUCAACUAGGUCAGAGCGUACACGAAUCUUCUAUAGGGUUGUUGGUAGGGCAGCCAGAGCGAAUUUUGACGCUCUAGCCUCCUCCGGUCUGAAUCCACGGUAAAGAUAGAAGUCUUGUCUAUUUUUGACGGACGCGGAGUCCAAGUCGCACAGUUCAAAUACAAAAUGAAUGUCAGAACAUUCGGUCAAUUUAUCCAUGUCGUUCAUAACUGGACUUUUAAGUGUAUUAACUUUGUCUGAAGGCUACAGCACAACAAAGUAGGACAUAACAACAAUAAACACAAUUAAACCGGACAAAAUAAAUAAAUAAAUAAAAUAACCAUGGCCAACUCACCCAUGGUUGGACCCCAAAAAUCAAGGAAAUAAUACAAAAUCAAAAGGAAGUCAACGUCCGACAGGCAAAGUAGUUUAUUGUUGUAUGUUGAUGAUCUCGCAAAUACAGCUGCCUCGCAGCGCUUCGCUUCUGAAAUGUUCCCGUUGGGGUUUGACGCCGCGAGGAGGACGGAACAAAACCGCAGAAGUGUAAUCUAGGCGGCGGCCGCAGUGAGAGCGAAAACCCGCUCUGUGCGGCCCUACAUUUCCUUAUAAAAUGGACAACUUCUCAGUGCAACAUCCAGAUCUGCUGGCUCUGUUCAUUGAAAGGAUAAUCGAAUGGAAAGCUUUUCUCCAGUGCCUGAAGAAACCUCCGCAAACAUGAUGGGCUCCAUUACCAUGAAUGGGCCUGUUACUGCGCAAAACUUCGUUAUAAAUAUGACGUAUAAUCCUCGCCGGGAACCUGACCGUCCCACAACUGACUGGAACUUCAGGAAGAUCUCUGAAGAAAUGCUUCUGCGUGCUUGUCAAUCACUGCUGUAUCGCAUCAUACAAAAACUCUUCUAAUAAUUGUGAGUCAGGGUUAGGUUGAGGAGGGUCUUGAAGCAGAUAAGGAUCACAUGUAGUAUUGGAUAAUGCAGUGAGAGAUGACUGAAAUACUAUUUUUCCUUUAAUGUAUAUACACUUUAAAAAAUUCUGGGUUAUUUUUUAUACCCAUUCGCUGGGUUAAGUAUUUUAACCUAUUUUGCUGGGUUAUAUUAUCGGUAAUGGCUCAUAUUGACCCAGCGUUUGGGUUCCUUGGGUGACACAAAGUGCACUUGGAAUAUUUGACCCAGCGCUUGGGUUAUCUCCUCAUCUCCUCGCGCUGUUCGAAGCCAAAACGUAACGGUCGAAAGGAGGACGACGUUGGACAGUAUAUGAGUAAUGCAAUGGACAUUUUUGUGAAACAAAAACUCACCAACUGGAAUCUUGAGUGCCUCAUUGAAAAAUUUGCAGAUGAGCAGAUAGAUGAUGACAGUUUCUUUUUAUUGGAUGAGAACACAAUUGCAGCACUCAUCCCAAAAAUUGGCCUCCGACUAAAAUUUUUAAAACAUUUCCAAGAGCUAAAAUUAAACAGUAUCCCACCACAGCACAGCACUGCAUAUGAAAAUGCGCAGGCCACCAUUGCAUCUGAAAUUGCACAGCCCAACACUGCAUCGGAAAAUACACAGCCAACAUUUGUUCUUAAUCUUUUUCCAGAUGACACGUUUGAUAUCCGUGCAAUACUGAUGGAAGCACCACAUGGACCCUCCAUUGUGGAGAGUCUAGAGAGUAAUAAAAUUACCACCAAGCAAAGGCGUGCAAUGGUGCGAAUUACUGUUUCUUAUCUUUUUGAGAAAUAUGGCGAAACACCAUCAACAGAGACCAAAAAGGCAAUGGCCAUGUCUCUAGUAGAGACAUUUCCCUGUCUCCGUGACCCUGAAGGAAAUGGCUUUGAGGCCUGGUUCAGCCAGGGGCGAAAACACAGGCCUUCCACAGGAUUUCUUGAGGAACGCCUUCGCAAUAUAAGAAAGAGGAUGCGGAGAUUAAGAACUCAGCCCUCCGUAGUGCCUGUCUGUGAGGAGAGGUUGACUUUCAUUCCUACAUCAACUUUGUCUUCUGAGAGAGCAAUUCAGUUAAAAGAAUGGCUAAAAAACAAUACCAGACCACAGGACCAGGUUGAGCAGUAUAUGAAAGCAACUGCUCUUUUUAGGGCUCACUGGAUUCGCCAGAACAGCUCCAAACCAAUAUCUGAGAUUUUAUCAGAGUUCCCUCGUCUAAUGGAUACCCCAGGCAUGAUAUCUCAAGACUUUAGUGUACUUCACCCUGAUGCUGCUGACAAAUUGUGCUCAUCCUGGUUGCCUGACUUUGCUGACAAGAUCCUGGCCUUUGCUAAAAGAGAUGGACGACAAAUGGAUUUACUGAAUUUAGACAACAUGUCUGCAGAUACCAAAGGCACCAUGGCACUGAAAAUUUUACCUCAGAUCAUUCCACCAUCAGUGUACAAGAUUGGCAACAAAACCUUCCGGCCAACUAUUGAGGAAGCCAGAACCUCUUUCAUUGAUGUACAACCAUCUGGAACCAACAUGGUGCAGUACCUACUAAAACAGAGGGAGGAGAAGCCCUUCCCAUUUGUCUUAGAACUUGGAGUUGGUGGACAGUUUUUUGUGGUGGUGAAUGGGGAAGCCCUAGAAGAGCAGACUCUCCUCAAGGCAGUAGAUGUUUGUUUUAAGUCCUUUUUUUGCUUUGACACCCACUUUCCAAAACAGUGUGCCCUUGCCUGGGAGUUUUUGGAGCAGGUAGUUUAUGAGAUGCCUGGUUCCGAAAAUUCAACAAUUCGCUUUUUGCGUGCCUCUAUUUAUGCUGCUGAGGACUAAAUUGUUUAUUAAACUAACUAAUGCAGGUAUUUUGUAUCCAUGUAUGUAUCUAUUUUUAUUUAUUUAUUUAUUUGGUGUAUUGUGAAUUGAUUUGCUACAGUUUAGUAAUUAAUGUACAUUCUUAAUAAUUAAAGCACUGCCUUGUUCUGAAAAUGUAAUUAAACAUUGUUUGAAUUAUUUGAUGCUGGACUAAAUAAAUUAAAUGUUAAAUACAAAUAUUGAUAGUAUUUAUUUAACUUGAUAUUCUGUAAAAUAACUAUUUGCUAUUAUUUUGUCAUCCAAAAGUUUUUUAAUAGUUUUUUAAUUUUCUGCCUGGUUCAGAAUAAAAUGAUCAUUUUUGCUGGCCAUUUAUUAAUUAAAUAAAAUCAUUUCAUAUUGUACAUGUA